CUUUAAGCAUACCUUAAUGCUAGUACUUUUGUACACGCACAGUUUUGAAAGCAGAACAUUUACUUGUAACAGAGUACUUCUACACAGCGGUAUUGCUCUAAGUAAAAGAUCACACAGAGCAAAAAAAUAAUUUGUGCAUGCCCACAGCUGCUUAAAUUUUAAAAGUCAUUACUAAUGUCGUCACAAUACUUUCUACAUCCAGAACAUUCAGUCCACAUCCUCUACGACAGCGAGUCACAGUGACGUGCACUGGAUGAAAAUAGACCAUUGGCCACUUGGAAGUUUAAAGCCAAACUCCUCCUACGGAAUAUAACAGUCCACAACACAUUAACUAUCAAUCACAGCCGAUCCAUUGAACUUAGUAGUGCAGAGUUCAGCUACAUUUUAAACAAGCUUUACUAGCAAGGGAACCAUUAAUCAAUUUAAGGUCUCACUAACCUAAUUGGUCGUCACACAGCAGAGUGGAGGAGUCCUCUCUGCAGAAAAAGCAGCAUGUUUCAGGAGAUAGUGGGUUUUAUUUUAAGCACUUCGGGCUGGGUGCUGGUCUCCUCCACCUUACCGACGGACUACUGGAAGGUUUCUUCCCUUGAUGGAACAGUUAUCACUACAGCUACCUACUGGUCGAAUCUGUGGAAGACCUGUGUCACCGAUUCAACCGGAGUCUCCAACUGCAAAGACUUUCCCUCGAUGUUGGCACUGGAUGGCUAUAUCCAAGCUUGCAGAGGACUGAUGAUUUCAGCCAUCUGUUUGGGAUUCUUUGGUUCCACAUUUGCUCUUGUUGGAAUGAAAUGCACCAAAAUCGGAGGAACAGACAACAACAAAGCCAGGAUUGCCUGCUUUGCUGGAGUAAAUUUCCUUUUAAGUGGCAUCUGCUCACUUUCAUCAUGCUCCCUCUAUGCUCAUCGGAUUACAUCAGAGUUUUUUGACCCAAUGUUUAUUGCACAGAAGUAUGAACUUGGAGCUGCUCUCUUUAUUGGCUGGUCAGGUUCUAUCCUCUGUAUCCUCGGAGGCACCAUGCUCUGUUUCUCCAUCGCAGGUUCUUUCACCAAAAGCCACAGUCAGGCAAACUAUAUUUACAAAGGUACUGCUUCUCAUAUCUCCUCCUACCCGAGAGGGCAGGCAAAGCCUGUAAACCCGAGGCCACCCCCAGACUACAGCAACUCCUCCAGGAUGCAGCACUUUGAUAAGAAUGUUUAUGUUUGAGGGAUGUGAAUAUCAAACACUUAAAGUUGACGCCACUAAUGACUCUUAAAAUAUCUACUCUAUACUAUGUGAAAGAUACAGCACACUGAAACAUGGUGGUUUCUGUCUAAAAGCACUGAUAUAUGCUAAUAUUAAUCUGUGGCUCAUUAGGAUUUAUGUUUAAAAGUGUAACUGUUUCUUCCAGGGGUCCAUAGUUCAUAGUAGUAUAUUACAGUUUACUCUCUGAAUUUGAGAAAUGUAUAUUUUCUAUUUAGCAGACAACUUCUGUAUUUGGCAGGUACAUAUUGCUGCACAUUGAAUGUUAGAAUUAUGUACCAUGAUAAAGGCAAAAUCCCCCCAAAAAACAUUUGGUCAGGGAUUGGAUUUUAUAAUCUAACUUUUGCAAAUGUUUUCUUUUUUUAAUUUUUUUUAUGUAUUUGGCAAUAAAGGGUGUUUAAGACA